AUGGCUGCCUGUACGGCUUCCGUGGCGUGGUGUUUCGUUUCGCUGUCUCUUCUCACAGUGCUAGUGGCAGCGCAGUCAUCAGAUGAGUUGCUGCUGGGGCGCGUGGCGGAGAUGGAGGAGCAGCUCAACCAGCAGCUGCUGGAGGGGCCUGCUGAGAGCACCUCCCAGCCUGCCGGAGCUACCACAACCAAGGCUGCUGCCACUGCCGGCUCUGGCGAUGGCGCUGCAACUGACGCCCUGCCACCACGUCCCACCUUCACAGAAGGCCUGCUGAAAACCACCACUCUCCCCCGCGGCAUCUACCGCAACAAGCUGAAUAGCACCUUCCUGGAAUACCACCGAAAUGUGCACAAGGGGGAGGUAGAACUGCACUGCAUGGGCGGCACCUGCCCGAAGCUAGACAGCUGCAGCUCGGCGUUCCCGAACGUGCGAGCCUGCUUCUGGCCGAACCUGGUAGACGAGGAUUAUAUUUACCCAGACCAGCCUGAGAACUGCCCGAAGCUGUCGAACUGGGAUGAGGUUGGGGCGAAGGGGGCGGACCCUAGGUGCACGCACCCAGGGGAUAAUCUGAGAUUUGAUAAGUAUGUGCCGCAGUAUUUUGAGAUCAAGGACGUGUUUGUGGAUUCUAACGGGGUUCUCUUUAACGAGUCGCUGCACUUCUUCCGCCACGGGUGUUUCAAAGACAAAGAGUUCGCCUACCACGCGAAUCAGACCAGCGUGCAGCACUAUCAUCGCCUCGUGUCGCUGCUGUACCAGCUGGGCGGGGCGUUCUACCACACGCUCAUCGAGGUGGUGCCGCACUUCCUGCUGCUCGCACCUCUGCUAAGAGACAACCCCGGCAUGCCCAUCGCUGUCAGCCGCAAACAGGCAAGCUCGCCAGCUUGGGGUGUGUGUGUUGGGGGGAGAUGGAGGGAGGUGACAGGGGGCGUUCUACCACACGACCAUCGAGGCAGUACCUCACUUCCUGCUGCUCGCCCCUCUGCUGAAAGACAACCCUGGCAUUCCCAUCGCUGUCAGCCGCAAACAGGCAAGUGUCUUUGA